AUGUCGAAUGCGAAAUUAAGAAAACAUGGCAGUAAAAUUGGGUUUACAUUACUAGAAUAUAAAAUUAAUUAUAAUUUUCCAUAUUUUCUCAUUGCAGGUACAAAUGGCCUCAGAAGACGUGGUCGCCAAACAUACACCCGCUAUCAGACACUCGAAUUAGAGAAAGAAUUCCACACCAAUCACUAUUUGACCCGCAGACGAAGAAUCGAAAUGGCCCACGCUCUCUGCCUAACAGAACGACAAAUAAAGAUCUGGUUCCAGAAUAGACGAAUGAAAUUGAAAAAGGAAAUCCAAGCGAUCAAGGAACUCAACGAGCAAGAGAAACAAGCGCAGGCGCAAAAGGCAGCAGCAGCAGCCGCAGCAGCGGCGCAAGGGCAGCACAUAGGCGAUCAAAACUAGGAAAAAAUUUCAACACAUUAUUCUAAUAGUAAUAAUAUGAUUAAUUUUAUUAAUAAUAAUUAUAACACAAAUAAAAGAAACUAUUUUAAUGCUAAUUAUAUUAGUAAUGAUACCGAAUCGAUAUACAAUAAAAAUCUAACAACAAAGAGUGCCGAUGGCAUUGCAAACUUCAGAUACGUAUAAAUUAAAAUUAAUUAUUUUUAAGUAAAAAACAAAAAAAAAA